AUGAGCCUCUCAUGUCAAAUCUUAGCCAGCUUCCUUCUGAUUUUCAUCGCUUCUACCAAAGGAACUGUCUUGCUUUUUAUAGGUGCAGCCCCUGAAAACAAUGUUGUCUGGGGUACCCUGGGUCAAGACUUCAACCUGAACAUUACUGGUUUUCAAAUGAAUGAUAAUAUAAAUGAUAUACGAUGGGAAAAAGGCAAAAUCAAGGUUGCACGACUCAAAAUGGGCCAACUUAAAGAGACAGGUGGAAGAUACAAUGUAUCAACAAACGGAGCUCUGAAAAUUAAACAUCUGAAGAUAGAGGACAGUGAUUCCUACAGGGUGGUUAUAUAUGCUACAAAUGGAAAGAACAUAUUGGACAAAACAUUUCAACUGAAGAUUCAAGAGGAGGUUUCACUACCUGUGAUGUUCUGGAGUUGUACCAGCAGAAACGUGACCUGUGAGAUAAGGAGUGGAACGGACCCUGAAUUAAUGCUGUAUCUAGAUAACACAGUAUUAGAUAAUGCUGCAUCUAAAACUAUUUCUCGGACGAUAGCCAGAAACAAGUGGACGACCAAACGGAGUAUGUCAUUCAACUGCACAGCAAAGAACCGAGUCAGUAAGCAAAACAGAGGGGUGACCAUCAAUUGUUCAGAGAAGGGUCUGGACUUGUAUCUCAUUGUUGGUAUCUGUGGAGGAGGCAUCAUCUUCAUCAUCUUUAUGACACUACUCAUUUUCUACAUCAACAAGAGAAAAAAGCAGAACAGUAGGAGAAAUGAUGAGGAGCUGGAGAUAAGAACACGCAGAGUAACCACCAAGGAAAGGCGCCAGAAGCCCCGCCAGGUUCCAGGAUCAGCUCCUCAAAAUCCAGCUGUGUCCCAACCUCCUCCACCACCUAGUCAUCGGCCCCAAGUCCCUUGUCAUCGGCCCCCACCUCCGAGCCACCGUGUCCAGCACCACCCACAGAAGAAGGCUCCUCCUCCAUCGGCCACCAAAGUUCACCAGCAGAAAGGUCCUCCCCUCCCUAGGCCUCGAGUUCAACCAAAACCUCCCCAUGGGGCCACUGAAAACUCGUAACUCUGUCUCCUGACAUGGUUGUCCCCUUCUUCUAUCUAAAAGAGACAGAAAUUGUUCUUUCCCAUAAAGGCACGGUGGAGUUUCUCCACCGCGGGGGUCCACACCUGCGAUUUCAUCAAGUGCGUUCUGCAAGUUAGGAUUAUCACCUCCCGGGCAUGUGGGCCAUGGCCAUGUCUGCAUCUCCUAGCUCAUUCACGUGCCCUAACACCUGGAGCCUCUGGCUUCCUCCCAAAUCCUCAUCAUGCCAGGAAGGGCUAGCAAUUCAAGUGCCAGCAUCGGGAUGAUGGGCCACUGAGCACAAAGUUCGAGAGCUCUCC